AUGGCGCAUCUGGCGUGCCGUCACGCUCACGCGUUCAUAGCGCGUCGCGUGUUCGCGGCGUCCUCGCGCGCGCGUUCGCGCGCGACGAACGUCGAGCCGUUGGAGGUGUGGGCGCGUCGAUCGCGAUCGCGACCGAAGCCGAGACGUUCGACGACGCGAGAAUCGUCCACGGCCACGAGGCAGCACGCGGAGGUGGACGGCGACGACGAGAAGCUCAAGACGUGGCGACGGCUCCUCGCGGACGUCCCCCUCGCCCGCGUGCUCCCGAGGGACGCCGCGUUCGGCGUGGACGCGAACGGGCGGAGCGUCCCUCGCGACGGCGCGGAGACCGAGCGUCUCGCGUUCUUCGGCGACAAAGUCCUCAACCACGCCGUCGCGAUGUCGCUCUACGCGCAACAAGUGCGAAUGCGCGAGCGGCCGGGCCACGAAGACGACGCGUCGUACUGCGUCGGGCGGAUGUCCACGCUCGUCGCGAGCGCGCGCUCGAACAAGCUCUUCACGCGACUGCUCGCGAGGCUGCUGCGAGACGACAUGAUCGCCGCGGUGCCGCCCGGCGCGCUCGAGAAGGGACGCGCGCACUCCGUGGGGACGAUGAUCGAGGCCGCGGUGUUCCUCGUGCACGAGGGCAGCGACGAAGGCCAGACCGCGGUGGACGAGGUCGGGCUGUUUCUCCUCGAGCAAGCGGAGGAGAUGGCGGCGGAGGUGUUCAACUUCAAAGGGGAAUUCUACGAGCUCGUCGCGAAGGGCGUCGAGGGGGAGAUGGAGGUGAAGACGCUCAAAGAAGACAGACCCGACGAGUACUUCAUGGCGUACGCGACGUUGGACGGCGUGAAGGCGAACGCGAGGGGGCGGAAUAAGCUCGAGGCGGAGCACGGGGCCGCGAAGGCGGUGUUAGAGAGGCUCGUGAGCAAAGGCGGCGCGAAGAGGAAAGGAAAAGGCGGCGGCGGCGGCGGCGGGUGGGCGGGGACGAGCACUCGGCCCGUGCCGCCGCCGUGCACGCUCAAGGUGAACUGGCCGCGGGAUCGAGAGAACGACGCCGAUAAUUGA